GUACGUGAUCGGCUGCUAAUCUGGCAGCCAUUGAUCGCAGCUGUGCUCAUUUUCGGCACUUAUGCCUUUAUCAUCUGGAAGUCGAACAGAGCCGCUGAUGCCCGAGACAGACGGAUGGAGAAAGAACUCGAGCUUCGACGGCUCAGAGGCUUGCAGCUCGUCAGAGGAAAUGCAGGUGAGGAUGAAGUCGAGGCUUGCGCAGCAGAGCUGGAACAGUUGAAGCUGGAUGAGAAAAGCGAAAGGGAGAUCAUCGGUUGGGGUACAGCCUCGCCCACGUCUCGCAGGUAUUCCCUGGAGUUGUCAUCCUUGCCCCAGACCGAUGUGAGCCGUGAGUACUUGCUCAUGCAGCCGGCCAAAACCGAAGUCGAGACGGAGAG